GCCGAGGCUCACAGCUUACUGGCCAGCGAGAAAAGGCACCCUGAUCCGUACGCCGGACGACGCCCAUGUACUAGUCUCCGCAAGAUGGCGCACGUCCCGUACAUUUCGGUCCAGCCGACAUAUCCAGCUGCAUUCGCUGACGUGUCUCAGUCCAUUCUGCCGCAAGAAACCGCUUGGGUAUCCAUCUACGCUCAAAAUGCACCCAAUGCUAGUGUGCAUGGGAAAUUGCUUUUGGAGCCGUGCGUCGCCAAGACGCGCGGCUCUGCUGAGGAGCAGAGGAACACUGCCGGUGGCGUUGCGCUCACUGUGAAGGAUGGUGAAUUUGCGAUUGAGAGGGUCACUGGAUCAUAUGCCGACUUCACUGUCCGAACUCCGAAAGGCAACGAUGGCUCGAUGACCAAUUUGCAAGACCGUUCAGCACGCAAGCGCAGCAACCAGAUACACGCUGGCCCAACCAAGGUCAGAUUCUCUCGAAGGCACAUUCAGACAUGCAUCAAGACGCGGGCAGGAAUAUCGGCCUUAGAUAUCAGUCCAAUUUCGAACAAUCUCUACGUUGUGGGUGGUGACGAUGGUGCGCUCUAUGUCGGCCGCACCAAUCAAGGCGACCGGUGUUCAGAGAAUGUGCUGCCACAAGAUGAUAGCACAAGGGCAAUAACUACAGGCGAGCCUCUUGACGAAGGAGAAAGGAUAGAGAAGCUUGCACAAGCAAAAAUGGCCGCAAGACAAGCGCAAACUGAGAGGGAAAGGGUGCUGCCUCUGACGGGUCAUGUUGGAGACGUCAGAAGUGCCCGAUUCUUCCCAAGCGGAGAGGUGAUUCUAACUACCUCUUCCGACCUUACAGCGCGGAUCUUCUCUGCGUUAGAGGACUCGAAUCCACGCACAUUCAAAGGACACAAGCGCGCCAUUCUCUGCAGCGAGAUUAUCGAUCGCGGAAGAGAAGUGCUUACGGCGGGAGCAGACGGUACUGUUCGCUUGUGGGACGUGGGUGCUAAUAAACAGAUAGGCCUCUUCGCCAGCGAACGCUUCAGCUCCAUUAAUGCACUUGUCCUUCAACGGCACUCCGCGGACGCAACCGGAGGAAACUCACAAGGCAAACUGCUUGCGACGGCUCUUUCAUCGGGGAGGAUCGAAUUGCAUGACCUGGGCGCCAGGCGGAGUGCAGCACUUAUCCCCGCUCUCAAAGCAUUCCCUCCUGGCUCGCCCCCUGCUGCUUCAGACAUAUGGGACCAAUCAGCGCCCGGCCCUCUCUUCUCCCUUGAUUGGGAUAGCGAACGGCACAUCAUUGCGGCAGGCAGCAGAGAGGGUGUGAUAGCACUGCAUGACGACCGGAUGCUCAGCUCCUCACUCUCUUCCGGAAGUGGAAACGCGCGCGAAGGUGAGGCGACGCAAACAGACGAUGCACCGUCGACGGAUGGGCGCUCAACACCCCGGAGUCUUUUGGGCUGUUGGAGGCGUAAUGGAGCCGCAAUCAACGAUCUGCGACUCGUCUCAAGCAAUACUGCGGCAAGUAGCCUGGACAUCGUCGUCGCGACAUCCGACGGUCUUCCGUACCGCGCCAGCUUGCGGCCGAUCCUCACAGGUCAGAGAGACGAAAACUUUAGCGUCGCCCCAGAGGUUGUCGAGGAGUACGCAGAGUGGGACUGCGAUAGCGUCGAGAAAGCACGGUUGGAUCCGCAAGGCAGAGUUUGGCUGGCUGGCACAGAUGGAUUGCUGAGGCGGUACUGAGCAUUUAAAGUUUCAAUUCGGGAUCUGCGAAGGCACUCUGGCUCGUUGCUACUCUUAUUUCCGAACGCGACCUGUCAGGAAGUGCACACUCUUGAAAUUGCAAUCCAUUUACCAAGCGGCG